AACACGCACCUCACAAAACCUCCAUUCAUCGAUCGCGGAGCAGGGUCAGGGCAAGCAGGAAACUUGAUUCUUGAAGCUUGUCCGGAUCACUCACCACCGUGAAAAGCAGCACUGUUAGUUCGUGCUCCGAUGGCUCGGGGUUCGUCGGCGCUCGGCGGCCUGCGGGGGGUGGUCGCCAUGGCGGCGGCGGCCGCUGCGCUGCUUGUCGCCGCCGCGGCGCCCCGGUUCGCCGCCGCGCAGGCGACGUCGGGCUGCACGGCGUCGAUCCUCAGCCUGGCGCCGUGCCUCUCCUUCACGGCGGGGAACACGUCGGCGCCGGGCGCGUCGUGCUGCUCGGCGCUGGCCGGCGUCGUGCGCGGCGCGCCGCGGUGCCUCUGCGCGGUGCUCGGCGGCGGCACGGCGUCGCUCGGGGUCACCGUCAACGCCACGCGGGCGCUCGAGCUGCCCGGCAAGUGCAAGAUCCAGACCCCGCCCGUCAGCCAGUGCAACGCUGUGGGUGCUCCUGCGUCGUCUCCUCCGGCGCCGGCGGCCACCAUCGAGGCUCCGGCCGCGCCGCCGCCAGUUCACAGCACCACAGGAGCUGGAUCGAAGGCGGCGACCCCGGCGACUGCUGCUGUCUCGUCGUCGGCGUCGCACGCCAGCAUCGCUAAAUCCGCGGCGGUCUCCGCGUCUUUCGUCGUCGCAGUCGCGUCCCUGAUGGCUUUCUGAGUUCAGCAGUAGAACAUACUGCCUUUAGUUUGUUCAUUCUUGUUUGCUUCAUCACUGUAUAGUGUACUGAACUUCUUAGGAUUCAAUGGGGAUUGUAUGUUUGACGUCUGUACAUACAGUAUGAUGGUGAAUGAAAACACCGUCAGACACAAGUGCAUAAUUCAAGAAGAGACGACACAUUCAUCAGAC